AUGUCGAUAAUUCAAAAAAUUGCCGACAUUGAGGCUGAGAUGGCCAGGACGCAAAAGAAUAAAGCGACAAAUGCACAUUUGGGUAUUCUCAAGGCCAAAUUAGCGAAACUCCGAAGAGAAUUGAUUACACCAAAAGGUGGUGGCGGCGCUGCUGGCGAAGGAUUCGAUGUAGCCAAAACUGGAGACGCACGAAUUGGGUUUGUCGGUUAG